UGUUUGGAGUCAUUGUUUUUUGUAAUGAAGACAACUUUUUAUAAAGUUUAAUAAAGCAAAAACAGAAGUCUGAAGUGAUUCAGAAGUACAUAGACUUUCAUUAUUUGUCAUGUGAAGACUUCUAAAGCACCACAGCCAAACAACAAAGGCCUCUUCCUUCAUAUAUCAGAAAGAGAAUUAUAUUUGUUACUGCCAUUGGACCCUACAGUUCUGAACUGCCAUGUAUCAUCUCUUGACAGUGUUGCUUAGUGUUACUCUGGAUGCUCUCGGUGUGCACUCAGCACUUAGUGUUGGCAAUGGCCAGAGUCAAUGGCAAAGGAACCAAACCCAGGCAAUGCCAAUGCUUCUUGCACACAUAAAAAGACCACAGGUAUCCCAGAAUACCUCAUCAGGAAAGAGCCAGAUUGUACCAGAUAUGUGCUAUGGGUACUAUGAUGUGAUGGGACAGUAUGAUGCCACCUUUAACUGUACCACGGGUACAUAUCGCUAUUGCUGUGGCACUUGUCAUUACCGCUUUUGUUGUGAGCAUCGUCACAAGCGCUUGGACCAGGACAGCUGUAAAAACUAUAACAGUCCUUUCUGGGCACACACAACCCAGCCUAUUACCACCAGUGCUAACAGCAAGCUGAACAAUAAUGGUCAUGCUGACCAGAACAAUAGCACCGUCUAUGUCAUCUGUGGUGUCAUUAGUUUUACUCUAGCCGUGGCCAUCGGAGCCAAGAUUGCCUUUAAUAAGGCCUCCCGACGUCCACCGGGUAGAGAGAUUAAUGUGCCCAGAGCUCUUGUGGACAUUCUCCGCCACCAGUCCGUUGCAGGGAGCCAUGGAGAACGAAAUAACAGCACAACUGUGACUUUAGGGCAACAUGACAAUGGACCAUCUCGUCCUCCAAAAAACCUCUAUAACCCCGUAAAGUCAGCAAAGAACAACCAUGACAAUAUGCAUCAUAACUUCAUCCUUACCGUUAAUAGCCCAAAGCAUUCAGCAACAUUAGAUUACAGAAUGAACAAUAUUCAGCUUCAACCUUCUUGCAAAAAAUAUAAUACAUUGUCAUUCUCUCGUUCUUUCCAUAACUUGUCUCAUUUGCCACCCUCUUAUGAGUCUGCUAUUAAAUCAGACCUCAGCAGAUAUUCAUCACUAAAAAGACUGGCUGAGAAGGACAUGGAUGAAUUUUAUCUAAAGAGAAAACACCUAGCAGAAUUAACACGUGGUACCCUUCCACUUCAUGUCAUGAAGAUGAACUAUGACCAUGAUGGCUACCUAGAAAAAUCUCAAACACCAAGACGAGUCAUGUCCCAGGAGCACAUCCUCUCGGACAAUCACUACCCAGUUCACUAUGAUUACACUAUACCCAGAGACCGCCUCAUUUCUCAAGAACGUCUUCUUUCUCGUGAGGUCUUGCACUCACAGGAGCAUCUGCUGUCUCCUGAAAGGAUACACCAUCGUGGGCCACCGCCAUUCCAUGAAAUGCGUCUUGGACAUCAGAAGGCCCUGUCUCACACCAAUGUCUGUGCUAGCACUCCUAUGCUAGACCGCCACCACAUGAUCAAAAUGAAUUCCCACCCUAGUUCUUCUAAUUCCCCCAAGACCACGUGGGAUAUGGCCAACCACACAGCCAAUCGACGGCAAGCUUUUGCUGCUAAGCGCCAGAAUACCAUUGAGCAACUUCAGUUUAUUCCUGGCCAUCUUCCGAGCCAGCACCUGCGUACUGGGAGUAAGAAUGAAGUCACUGUUUAAGCUGCAUAUUUUUACAGUUUAUUUUUUUCCUUAAUCAGAAAAAAAGAGGCAGUUGGUUUUCAUUCUGAGGCUUCCUUACUAUUUUUGCAUUGCUAGUUUGAACUUAUCAGCUCAUACAGAAGUAAAACCAAGAAAAGAUCACUCCAGAUUUCUGGAGUAAUGAAAAGGGAGUAUUUCUACAUGUUUUUUUUCACCUUAGUUUUACGGUUUUGAUGUAUGCAGCUGCCUCCACUGCCAAGUUGAUGAAACAGUCAAUGGCACCAAAUGAUGUCAAAGAUGAUGGCAUUCACAAACAAGCAGAAAGCUGUGACUCUGGCACCAGCCUACUCUCUGAUGGAUGAAGAUCAUACAGCACCUUACGUGGCUGACAAGUAGAGAUUGGUUAGCCCAAGGUGAAACGGUUUGUUUUCAAAAUGGAAAAAGAGAUUUGACUUCCGGUUGUGUUUUUUCCAGUGAAGAAUACAUCCCAGAGAACAACUAGCAAUCAGAAUUCAAUCAGGGUAAGGUCAAUAUAUGACGCCAACUGAUAAAAAAAUAAAAAAAAGAAGUUGCACACAUUUUUUUUUUACAAGGAUAAUUAUGUAUAGGAUGAAAACAGUGAUGUCACUGCAAGGACUAGACUUUAAAGUCUUGAUUUUCCCAAACAUAUAACUUCACCCCUUUAACUAGCAAGGGAACUUGGUCAAGUGCAAUCCAAUCUAGUAGCCAAUACAGGUGGUUCGGUACAGCACAAACUAUGCCAGGUAUUCACAACAAUAUUAAUGUAAUUAGGUUUCGUUGCAAUCUAAGUGGCUACAAUUAGCUGCAUUCAAGUUUUCUUGCUUUUUUCAUAAAUACAAAUAAGGACUUGUCUAGGAAGGAAUAGUUUGAUCGUCUUGAACAGUUUUAUCCUCUAACGUUUGCAGUGCUUACUGUCUGGAUCAUCGUCUCCAAUUCAAAAAACAAUUUUUGCAUCAAAAGAAAGCCAUCUGGUUCCUGACGUUACGCUAUCAAUGCGUCAUAUGAUUUGGUUGUAUUAUUUAAAAAGAAAAAAAGGAUCGUGCCAUAAAGAAAUCUUUAUUUUACUAUUAUUAUAUUUUUUAACUCAAUGACAUCACAGUAUUUGAGACUACUAUUUGGACUUUUAUCUUCAUACCAUCACCGAUGGUACAAUGGCCUGUAUUUUACCCCCCCCCCCUUUUCCCUUUCCUACUCUAUACACUUCCAUGGAGAGCUCUCAAACAGGAAUGGCCUUAACUGUUUCAAUAAUAUAUCCCCUCAGGCAGUCUUUUUUUUUGGUUAAGAUCUAUUUAAGAUUUUUUUUUCUCUGCCAGACACAAACUUACUAAUCUGUCAUUUGUGAAAAUUAUCUUUUUUCUCUCUGCCACAUUACAAACUAGAUGUCAAUAAGCUAGAAUAUCUAAUUUCUUACAAACAUUAUUAACACGUUUGUGUGAUUAGUCGGCUUAAUUAAUUGUACUAAAAAUGUUGCUUUCUUGACAUUUGAUUGACUGUCCAUCCUGCAUUCAGAAGUCAUGUUAUGCUGCUAAGGUUACAUUGCUAAGAUACUGAAUUCACCUACAAUAAUUAAAAAAAUACCCUACUGUUAUCUAAUGGUGGAUUUGCAGAGAUGUCAAGACUAAUUCACAACCAGUGGAGGGAAAAUUUCAAUGUGUAGCAUGAAUAUAUGAACAAAUAUGUGCAUUAUUCUUUAAACCUUCCACCCAGCUUAUUGACCUCUACUGCUCUAGAUGUAAUGCACAUUUUUCCAGGAUUAUGAUAUGAAUAUACAACAGGCUGAAGAUCUUUUUUCAACACUGUGGCGUUGUCAUUUGCACUAUUCAGUGCUUUUAGCUAAUGUGAUUUAAUUGUAGCUAGUUUUUUUUAAUUUAUUUAUACAUAUGAAAGAUGCUUGAACUGAGGAUCUGUAAAUGCCUCCUUGUACACAUCAAAUCAAAAGUGCUGCCUUACACCUAUGUCAAACUCAAAUAACAUUACCGAUAUUUAAGUUAGUCUUUACAACCAUCCACUAGAAUAAAGAAGAGCUUCAGUUAGAAAAAUAAAUACCCCAUUUCAAGUAAUUAUAAUGGCCCUAGAUAGCAUUUUCUUCUGCCAGUCCUUGUCUCCAUGAAAAAUAUCUGCUUCAAUCCUAUGAACACUGAACUCAAUAGUUCUGUGCGUAAUACUAUAUGGUAUUAAAUAUAUAAGCAAAGGGGAACAUUUAUCAAUUCUAUCACAUUGCUAACCAGGAGCAGUGUAGACAGCUUACGAGACAGAUUUGCUACAAUAGUUCAGCUAUUUAUAUAGCAGAAUAAACCUGCCCCUGACCACUUCCUAAAUGUGCAUUUGAAGUGAGGCCCGGGUUCACAUGUCUCACGCUGCGGUUCCCAGCAUGGCGUCCAGUACUUUCCUUUCACUGGUUCAGGUGCGAUUCAGGUCUGAAUUUUUGCCUGAAUUCGCACCUGAACCGGACCCAAAGACACACAGGACCCUUCUGCAAUGCGGACCGCGGCUGCCCCGGACCUGUGUGAAUCAGUUCUAUUGAGAGCCAGUCACACUCCCCUGUUAUGUGAAUUGGAUAUGAGGAAACCCACAUCCAAUUUGCAUAUAUGUGGCCCCAAACCUGAAAAUCUGUCUCAUCUUCAAUGGCAAAUCUGUGGCAGACCUGGCAAAUCUGUGGCAGACCUGGCAAAUCUGUCUCAGUUUGAUGAGAAGAAUUUUAAGCUUGGGGUUCACAAAUACACAGGAAAACCAUCGCGUUGACCUUGCUAAAUGAGAGGCAGCCUGAUUUGUGUCUAGUUGCAUUUCUAAUUUGCUUGAUAAAUGUCCCCCAGUGUGUUUUGCCAUGAAGCGUCGUAGGGCAAAUUGUAUGAAGUCUCUUAGCAUUUAUUUGACACAGUACUGUUCUAUUAACCACAGUUACCUUGGAUAUGAUUUUGUGACAGUUGGUGGCUUUGGUUAACCUCACACCCCAAAAUACCUUGGUCAACAAUUAAAACUCAGCACAGUCACACAUUGUUCUGUAUGCAGCUACUUUAUUAGUUACAUCUCUUUCUGAACCUGCAGUCAUUACACUCUAUAGACUCUCAACUACAUCUCUUGAAAAUAUUUGACCUGAACUUUAAUAUUACUUAAGCAACCCCCACCAGUGAGAGGGCAUGAAUGCAAAAGCUGUAUAUAGGAGACACUGUUGAUAGAAUGUUUUGCCAGUCAUGUCUGCUUGGUCUUUUUUCUUUUCAAUACCCACUACUGAUACUUCCAUGGCCACUUCCAUGAUAUGUAUGUAGAUAAUGAAGCCUAUUUAUAACUGUGUACAAUGUAAAUUAACCUAACUUUUCAAACUAUUUAUAAAAAAGAUGAAGCUAUCUGAUUUCGCAGCAUUCAGUGCUUUUUAUUCCAAUAACAUUUUCACUGUGAAAUCAGUUCUCGAAUGCAAUGUGUCCUAUUUAUUUAGGUAGGUUAGAAGAACAUUUUACCUUUUUCUGCCAGGGGUAUUGUUUCCAGCAACCUGGGCCUGGCAUAAUCAAUAGAUGUGUACGAAGGCCAAUACUGGUACCACUCUUGUAAUUUAGCAGAAGCAGUACCAUGUAUUUAUUUUUAUUUAUACUUAACUGUUACAAAUAAUAAGAAUGUCAUACCUGAUCAUUCUCCCCCAAAGGGCACCAGCCCAGAACAUCAGUCAUCCAUACAAUUUCAAAAAGGCUGGCUGGCCUGUGGCCACCUUUAUACUAAUAGUAGAUCUUAAAGUCAACCAGAAUUCUGUAGAAUUGGAACUCCAUCACUGAUACCUGUAGGCUCACGAUAUCUAUUCCCCUACACUAACAGUCCUAAGCUAGGAUCAACUCUUUAAAGCGGUAGUUCACCCUGUUUGACAACUUGUGACCACUAGCACUGUUUUUAAAGAACAUAGACCCGGCGAAUUUUUUUUUUUUUUUUUAUGCGCUCCUUACCUGUUUCCUGGUCGAUCGUCCCACCUGUCAAUCAUGUCCUCCCGCGGGGAAUGGGCGUGUCAGUCCAUUCUCCCCCGUCCUGCCACUCACAUUUCUGUAACUCCUCUGUCGACGCGCUCAGCUGUAAUCGCGCGACAUCUCCUCGUAAUCGCGGAAAUCUCCUAAUACAACGGGGCGUGAACUUCAGACGCUAGCAGUUGUUAUAGCAACCAUGCAGUGUUGACGCCGACGCUCGCCGUCAACACUGCACAUCCCGGAAGAAGACCCUGUCGGCUUCAGUAUGCCCACAGGCAAGAUGGAAACGUCCAUCGCAGCAAAAUCAAACUUAUCUUUUUCCGAAAAAGAGCGCAUCGGACGGCUGGACGUGUGGGACACCCUGUUAGGGAAGGAGGAAAGGUAAGUGCUGCACAUUAC